AUGAAAAUCCAUGUUGAACAUUUGUCUGAGGAAUCCAACGUUCACCAUUUGGUGAUAAGUCACAUCGUUGGUCAUUUGGUGAUAAAUCCCAUUGACGAGUAUUGGGUGAUGAUCCCCAUUGUUGAGCCUUCGAAGAUGAACCCCAUGGUUGAGCAUUUUGCGGUGAAUCCCAUUGUGGACCAUUUAAUGAUGAACCCCAUUGCUGAGCAUUUGGAGGGGUGUUCCUUUGUGGACCACUCGAUGAUGAGCCCCAUUUUUGAUCAUUUGGAGGUGUACCCCACUGUUGAGCAUUUGGAGGUGUACCCCACUGUUGAGCAUUUGGAGGAGUACCCCAUCGUUGAGCAUUUGGAGGAGUACCCCAUUGUUGAGCAUUUGGAGGUGUACCUCAUUGUUGAGCAUUUGGAGGAGUACCCCAUUGUUGAGCAUUUGGAGGUAUACCCCAUUGUUGAGCAUUUGGAGGUGUACCCCACUGUUGAGCAUUUGGAGGUGUACCCCACUUAUGAGAACCAUAACCCCAUUGUCCACCUGAAGUUUGACCCCACGAAUUACUACCGCCGAAAGAUGGACUAUUAG